GAGUUGUCGAUAUCGCUGGCUGACAUCGUACGUCACUAGGGCGACCCCACUCGCUCGAAGCCGCGGUCCCCUCGCGGCCGCCAGCCUCAGUGUAGCUCGCGUCGCGCAACCAAACGUACCGCUAAAACUGUGUCACAAUGAAAGUCGCGGCGCUUUUUGCGCUGCUAACCCUCGCGGCGACAGAGGAUCUGUCGCCGGUGGACUUCGUCCGAAAGAACUUUUACACGCUAGAGGUGGAAAUGUGGAACAAUGUGAGCGAUCCGAUGUGGAGAGAAGCGGGUCUGGGCGGCGAUGUGGAGUUAACAAAGGCGUUCGUGGCGUUGGACAACCAGAUCGCAUCGCUGCCGAGUCCGCCGCGGCCCCCGUUGAGUUCGUGGCUGUGGGUGCGGGCGACGGAGAAGCUGCAGGUCAUCGACGGGCUGUACAAGACGUUCGUGGAGUUCGCCCGGCGGCAGGCCGCGCCGGGGGCGGUGCCGGCGCCCGUCAAGGACUGGCUGGACCUGGCGGAGAGCAUCCUCAUGGAUCCCAAAACGUCGGCGAUGCAGGCCGUGAAGAAACUGGAGGGUGUGCUGCAACACGGGGACUUGUUCCGCUCGAUAUUACAGGAUGAGCAUCCAGACGUGUGUGAGUUACAGCUGUCUCAGCAUCAGCUCAUAUAUGACACGUACAACACGAUAUCCCUUACGGAGAUUAAGGGAUACGCCAUGAUGCAGUUCUCGUGGAUGCUUCUCAGGAUAUACGGCAGAGGGAACUACACGCAAGAAGCCAGCCUGACCAGACAGAGGUACGGCGAGAGGACGGCGCUGACUGCCGCCGCCGCCAGGGCUGCCCUGGCCAUGGCCAGCAGGGACCUGUACAGAUGCGACCCUGCAGAGCACAAGGAAGGCGAAACCUACGCCGAAGUGACCCGCCUCCUACAAGGCUACAUCGAGAACGAGGUAGACAUGAACGCAGAAGGCACGUGCCGCGACAACUGCGCUGCUUACACGGUGGCCGAAAACCACGGCUGCUUCAAAGACCAGUUCUGCUCCAAGCAGCCACCCUGCAAGGGCAGAAUCCUGAACUGCAAGUACAUCGACUCGGAUAUGUGGGUGUGCCCUGCGGGUCGCAACAGCAACCGUCGGUACGAGUGGAUCGAGUAUGAGAACGGACGCACGUUUGGUACCGUCGGCCACUGUAAGCUUGGCGCCCCCAAGGUGGACUCAUGGUGGCGUUGGUUGUUCUGGCACUGUUCCUACUGCAUGUGCCUUUGCGACGAGGCGAGCGAGCAGUCCGACCGUUACUUCAGUCUUUGGGACACGACAUCAGACGUCAAAAACAACAAGGUGGUGACCGGCCUUCGUCUAGUGAAACUCGGAAGGGUAUUCCACCUGCAGAUCAGUGAGGGCACUCUUGGCGAGCGAGGGUCAGUGAUCCCUGGGGACUGGGUGCCGAUCCAGAAGUUCGACCCUUCGGAGCCUGGCAUGAGGGAUGGUGUCGACUACCAUAAGCUGACGUAUGAGAGGAGGGCCAUCGACUUGGACGAACUGGACUCACCAGCUGGACACAUCUUGACUGGAGUCAGAUUCCGCAUGCUGGGCGCACAUCUGCACUUUGAGAUCCGCUCGACGCCGUUCAACUACGCUACGGGACGCCUGGCGCCCGAGAGGAGCCAAUGGAUCAGCAACGACAACACAGACGGAGCGGAGAUUCCCAGAAAGCGCCUCGAGCUAUACAAGCCCGACAUCCCGAUCCGUAGCAACACGCCGCUGCCUGUCGACUCAUCUCACGACCAGUUCAUAGAGUUCACGCACACCGACUACGAGGCCGACGCGGCGCAGUCCACCGUGCCUUUCGUGGACAUACAGCCCGUUAUGCCGAUGAAAGGUGCGGGCCUGACCAGCGGCGCGGGGAUCAUCCACCGAGGGGCGCGGGGUUCGGGAGGGUUCAUCGGAGUGAAGUUGUUCACGUACGACUACUCCGCGCACAUUAAGGCAGAGCCGCCGGCCAGCGAGUUUGAUUCUGACUCGGACACCACCGAGUUUGUGCCAAUCGUCAACUAGGUUAAGACUGUAUGUAUACUCAUAUGUGUAGCGUAAUUUUAGGACUUUUUUAUGAAACGAAUAAAGUUUGUAAGAUAUUA